UGGAGCGAAGCGGCCGUACGGUGGCCGGGAGAGCUCGGCUUUGCGCGGAGGGAAGAUGGCGGUGAUAGCGCCGCUGCUGGCGCUGCUGUACUCGGUGCCCGAUCUGUGCCGCUGGCUCGCGCGGCCCUAUUACCCUCUCUCGGCGUUGCUCGCCACCGCCUUCCUGCUCGUCCGCAAGCUCCCGCCGCUCUGCCGCGGGCUGCCCUCGCAGCGGGAGGAUGGCAACCCCUGCGACUUCGACUGGCGCGAGGUGGAAAUCCUCAUGUUCCUCAGCGCCAUCGUGAUGAUGAAGAACCGCCGCUCCAUCACCGUGGAGCAGCACAUCGGGAACAUCUUCAUGUUCAGCAAAGUGGCCAACGCCAUCCUCUUCUUCCGGCUUGACAUCCGCAUGGGCCUGCUCUACCUCACGCUGUGCAUAGUGUUCCUGAUGACCUGCAAGCCACCCCUCUACAUGGGUCCUGAGUACAUCAAGUAUUUCAGCGACAAGACCAUAGAUGAGGAGCUGGAACGGGACAAGCGGGUAACCUGGAUCGUCGAGUUCUUUGCUAACUGGUCCAGCGAGUGCCAGUCCUUUGCCCCCAUCUUUGCCGACCUCUCCCUCAAGUACAACUGCUCGGGGCUGCACUUUGGGAAGGUGGACGUGGGCCGAUACACGGACGUCAGCACCAGGUACAAAGUCAGCACCUCGCCCCUCACAAAGCAGCUGCCUACCCUCAUCCUCUUCCAGGGCGGGACAGAGACCAUGCGUCGCCCGCAGAUUGACAAGAAGGGCCGGGCCGUAUCCUGGACCUUCUCAGAGGAGAACGUGAUCAGGGAGUUCAACCUCAACGAGCUCUACCAGAAGUCCAAGAAGCAGUCGAAGCCACGGGACGAGGGGCCGGAGGACGCUCCCGAGGCACCGGCGGCUGCCGGCCUUGCCAAUGGGGAGACCAAGAAGGACAAGUAGAAGCCACCACUGCGCCAUCACCGUGUCCCCAUCGCCCCCUUGACGGAGGAGGGACCACUCCUGGCCGCUCUGCAGAGGGGGGUCGCUGCAGCUGCCCACGUCCCAGUACGAGCUGCCCGGCCCUGCGCCCGCGGGGCUGUUCCCGGCGGGGGGGCGGGGGGAGGCCCGUGCCCGCGGUGGCGGGGCGGAGCCACCGCGCCGUGCACGUGCACGCGUGCGCUCGCGGCUGUCAAUAAACGCCCGCGGCGGCC